AUGGAACGAAUAGCCGAGGACUUUGAGCAGGUCAGGUGCCUGGAGGAGUUGUUCAUGAAAUACAAGCUGUACAAAGAAAAAAUAGCAGAGAUGGAGGAAGAGAUAAAAAGCAUGCAGGAUGAGCUAAGUGCAUCUGAUGCACAAGACAUACAGAAUGAAAUCGAUGAGACCAGAAUGCAUUACGAUGCUGUUAUCAGAGAAAUAGAGAUGCUUCGACUUGAGUCUUCUAAUUGCACCGAUGUGAGUGAUCUUAGAAAUGCAUUUUUGAAAAUCACAGAUCUUGAGGUUUUGAAGAAAAAGUCAACCGACUUACUAAAAGAAUUGGUAGAGCAUGAUGUUAUAUCUAUAAGUGGAGAGUUGGCCGACAAUGAGCAUAUGGAAGAUGGAAAGAAAUGCAUGGUUGUGCUGAGCAAAGACGUGGAGGAAGUGUUUUUGAUUACUGGCAAGCAUCAUGAAAUAAGAGCUGUGUGCAGGGAGAUAUUGAAGUCUUUUUUUUGCAAGUAUGCCAGAGAAGUCUUGCCAGCAGAGAUGAGUGUAUUUGAGUCUGAUGAAAAGCUGUACUUUGUAUGUGGCAAUAUGCACGGUGUGGUUAAUGGAGCAGAUAGCAUGCCUGAGCUAUUGUUUAAUGCGAAGCAAAAGAGCAUCAGAGAGAUGGAAAGGUUUAAGGAGAUAUUUAAUGUAGUUAUUGGAUGUUUGAAAGAGAAUCUAAGAGCGAUGGUUAUACAAAGGAUGCUUUCUGAUGACGAAGUGAGAUUGAACAGCAGCAUAUUUGAAGGCACGGAUGCAUAUGUGCAGAACUGUUCAGAAUGGAGGCUUGAUAUUGUGAUGAGAGAAAUUAUUGAUAUAGCAAGGCUAAAACUUGGAGAAGAUGUGGUGGAAGUUGAAGAGGUAAAUGAGAGGCUUCCAAGGCACGUAUCUUUAAGAUACAGGCGAUUUGUUGACUGCUUUGAGAUGUUCAGAAGCAGUGGAUCGAAACGGCAUGGCAAGGGGGCGAAGGUUGUUGACAGAGCAAUAAUGAAGAUGUUUGAUGUCAAGUGUGAUAGUAAGCCUAUACAGCAAAGGUUUUGUGAAUUCGCAGACAUGAGCCAUUUUGUGAGAAAAUAUCCAGGACAUUGCCUUUAUGAAGAGCUGACGAAGAGGAAGGAGGAGGUGUUUUUUUGGAUCAUCAGGGAUGCAUCAAGAGUGGAUAUAAGCUUAGGCGAUCCGGUGAUGUCAGUGAAGAUGUACUUGCGAGAGAAGCAUGUUGACUUUAUGGAGAAUGUGAGCAUGUUUGUGCCGAAGAUCAACAAGUGUUUGUUUGAAAUACAAUUUUUUGAGACACUGAACUUGUGCAUGAUGACAAAGAUUACAGAGCUUGGCUCUGUUAGUGGAAGGACAAGGAGAUCUCUGGCAGAACUGAUUGAAUAUGUUCUUGAUUUUUCUUUCCAUCUUCCAACUGGAAUGGUGGGGAAUCGAGAAAAGCUCAAAAUGUAUGGCUUGGCAGUAUCUCUUGGAAAGGAGGAGCUUUUGAGGCAGUAUGAGCAGGGGAGCGUGAGGAUUUCAGAAGAAGAGCUGGAUAGAUUGUGUUCACUGUACUAG